AUGGCGGAAGACGCAAAGUCGGCGUCCGAACUGACGCCCGAGACCAAACCGAAGUCUUCUGAACGAAAACCCGCGUUCUCAGACUACCUCAGAGUCUUCACCUACGCCACCAAGCCAGACUACUUCUUCUACACCGUCGCAUCAUUAGCCUCCAUCGGAGCUGGCAUCACGAUGCCUCUAAUGAACAUCAUCUUUGGCCAGCUCGUCGGCCAGUUCACCGACUUCUUCCGAGACUCAUCAUCCAUAUCUCAAAACGAGUUCAAGCAAAUCCUCAACAAGCAAGCUCUCUACAUCAUGGCACUGUUCUUUGUGCGAUGGGCCCUGAGCGCCAUCAACAAAUUCUGCUUCAGAAUGAUCGGCAUUCGUCUGUCGUCUGCUAUCCGCCUCCACUACCUCGAGUCGCUCUUCGCGCAGCCCAUCCAUGUGAUCGAUUCCCUUCCCGCGGGCGCACCCGCCACCGCCAUUACAGGAACUUCGAAUACGCUCCAAAUCGGUGUCUCGGAUAGGCUGGGGGUGUUUCUACAAUACAUGAGCACGAUCAUAUCAGCACUGGUCAUCUCUUUUACCUGGAGUUGGGACCUGACGCUCGUGACAUCGUCCUUGCUGCUCUACCUAAUAGUCCUACUCUGCAUUUUCAUGCCCAUCCUUAUAAAGGGACAAGCCGCAACUCUCAAGUCGGAUGCCCAGGGAAACUCGGUUGCUAGUGAGGCACUUGGAGUGAUGCGACUGGUCAUGUCCUGUGGUGCGCAGUCUCGCAUCUUCUCCCGUUAUCAGAGCUGGGUCAUCAAAGCAAAGAAAGAGGGACAGAAGACUGCUCCUGUCGUCGGCAUGCAGGUUGGUGGUAUGUUCUUCGGAGUCUUUGGCGCAUUUGGCUUGGCUUUCUGGUACGGAACUCAGAGAUACGCCUCUGGCCACAUCAGCAACGCUGGAGUUGUCGUUGUCGUCCUCAUGUCGGUCAUGCUUAUAUUCAACUCUGUGGAACGCAUCUCGACACCUUUGAUUGCGGUGAGCAAAGCUAUGGUGGCUGCUUGCGAACUGUUUACUGUCAUCGAUGCUCCACGAUCCCCGUUGGGAAGUCUCAUCCCCGAAAAUACUUCGGAGGACCUCAUCUUUAACAACGUGGUCUUUGAAUAUCCCAGUCGGCCAGGCGUAAAGGCUCUGGAUGGACUGAACCUUCGCAUUCGCUAUGGUAAGAACACGGCUCUGGUCGGCCCUUCUGGAUCUGGUAAGAGUACUGUCGUCGCUCUCUUAGAACGUUGGUACAGCCUACGAUCGCAUUAUGCUCUACCAAAGGUGGCAGUGGGUCAGGGUCAGACAGAAUCAUCUGAAGACGAAAAGGCGGACCAGGUGGCAAGUGACCCUGAGGCACCCUCGGAUCCGGCUCUUUCCGGGUCCGUUUCCUUUGGUACCGUUGACCUCGAGGACAUUGAUCUUAAGUGGUGGAGGUCUCAGAUCGGCCUCGUUCAACAAGAGCCAUUCCUCUUCAACGAAACCAUCUUCAAGAACGUUGCGAAUGGCCUCAUUGGAACCGAGUAUGAGGAUGAGCCCGAGAGUCGGAAGCGAGAGCUAGUUCGGGAUGCUUGCAAUGAAGCAUGUGCUCACGAGUUUAUCGACCGUUUACCAGAUGGAUAUGAUACACGAGUCGGAGACGGCGGUGCCAAAUUGAGCGGAGGGCAAAAACAAAGAAUCGCCAUCGCCAGAAGCAUCAUCAAGAAGCCCAAAAUCAUCAUUCUCGACGAAGCAACCAGUGCAAUCGAUGUCCAGAGCGAGAAACAUGUCCAAGAAGCUCUUGAGCGCCUUGUCAAGAACCACACGACAAUCACCAUCGCCCACAGACUGUCAACUAUCAAGAAAGCUGAUCACAUUGUCGUGCUGAAGCGCGGUCAGGCUGUAGAGGAAGGCACUCAUCAGGACCUUCUGAGCAUUGAAGGCGGGGUUUACAGCGCCCUGGUUCGAGCACAAGCGCUUUUGGGCUCUCGUGAGGACGAAGAGGGGAGUUUAUCAACAGACACCAAGGUUGCUCCUAGUGAGAAAACUGACAACAUACCCGAAAAGGCACUUCAUACAGUCCAGGUCGAAACCGGUCAGAGCAGUGACCCCACUCAACGAGAUCGUGGAUUCUUCUACAGCUUGGCAUUAAUGUUAAGCGAACAGCGAGCUCAGUGGCGAAACAUGACAAACCUGCUUUUCUCGGCGAUGGCGGUUGCUGCCGGUACCCCUCUCCAAGCCUGGCUCUUUGCCAAGGCGAUCGCAGUGUUCAUUCUAGAAGGCGAUGAGUUAAAAGCGAAAAGCAACUUUUGGGGGCUCAUGUGGCUUGCCCUGGCUGGCGGGUUUGGUCUUGCCUGGUUCUCUCAGACUUGGAACAGUGUACAUCUACAGUACGGAAUCAGCGCAGCCUACAAGCAGCAGUACUUUCGUGACAUGUUGCAGCAGAGACUUUCCUUCCAUGACGAGGAAGACAAUGCUCAUGGUACGCUGAGUUACCGCAUCUCGAGCGACGCAAAGCAGCUGGAGGAGCUGUUCGGGCUUAACCUGGCUGCUGCCCUGACUGGCAUAUUUACCUUCACCGGAUGCAUCAUUAUUGCACUCAUCUUCAGUUGGAGACUGGGACUCGUUGCCGCCUUUGCCACGAUGCCAGUCAUGGUUGGCGCCGGGUUGUGGAGAUACCGCCACGAGGUUCAGUUUGAUGCGAUGAACUCUUCCGUGUUCAAGGAGAGUUCACUGUUCGCCACAGAGGCAAUCGGCUCCAUCCGAACUGUAUCCUCGCUUGGGAUGGAGCGAGUCAUCAACGCCCGAUAUGCCAAGCUCCUCAGCGAGCAUGUUCAGACAGCGCUCCGCAAGGCCCAGUGGACAGCACCUGUUUACGGAUUUGCCGACAGCGUGAGCUUGGGAUGCCAGGCACUGGUAUUUUGGUACGGAGGCAGCCUCUUAGCUAAGGGUGAGCUCUCCAUGGAUGCUUUCUUCGUCUGCUUCAUGGCCAUCAUGCAGGGCUCAGAGUCAUCGAGUCAGAUUCUCUCAGUCUCGCCCGACUUCGCACAGGCAAUAGCAGCGGCGAACCGCAUCCGGAGCGUUCAUGAAUCAGCGGUUCUAAAUGAGAAGAUGUUCGAGAGUGGCUCUGGGCAGAGUGAGGACCUCAGUGGAAAUGUUCGGCUUGAAUUGAAAGAUGUGUCUUUCAAAUAUCCUACCCGAAAUAUUCCCGUUUUCGAUCAUCUCAAUCUUUGCAUUGAGAAAGAACAGUACGUGGCUUUCGUUGGACCAUCUGGAUCCGGAAAGACGAGUAUCAUUUCUCUCCUUGAAAGAUUCUACGAGCCUAAUCAGGGUGGAGGUAAAAUUCUUUGCAAUGGCGUGGAUAUCAAAGACCUCAGUCUCAGCAAGUAUCGGAGCAUGCUUUCUCUUGUACCCCAGGAGCCGACGAUGCUACAAGGAAGUAUCAGGGACAAUAUCCUCUUCGGCAUUGCUGACCCAGAGUCAAUCUCGAAUGAGAUGAUUCAUGAUGUGUGCAAAGACGCAUUCAUCCAUGACUUCAUCGUCUCCUUGCCAGAGGGCUAUGAUACCGACGUAGGGCAAAAGGGCGUGUCCAUGUCGGGUGGGCAGAAGCAGCGGAUUGCCAUCGCACGAGCUUUGAUUCGUAAUCCAAAGGUUCUGUUGCUUGAUGAAGCCACAUCCGCGCUUGACUCAGAGUCCGAGAAGAUUGUGCAGGCUGCUUUCGAGAAAGCACGAAAGGGAAGAAGUAUGAUCGCGAUAGCUCACCGUCUCUCUACGAUUCAAGACGCCGACGUGAUAUUCGUUUUAGACCAAGGCCAGAUAGUUGAGAAGGGAACACACUUUGAACUGAUGAAGAAGAGAGGGAUUUAUUUCACCAUGUGUGAAAGCCAGGCAUUGGAUCGCUAG